AUGGCCUCGGGGCUGCGCUACCCGGGCAAGGUGGCCGUAGUGACCGGGGGCAGCCGGGGCAUCGGGGAGGCGAUCGUCAGGGAGUUCGUUCGGCAGGGGACUCACGUGGUCUUCUGUGCCCCCGAAGCUGAAGGGGCUGCGGGGCGGGCACUGGAGCAGGCGCUGCGGGACUCGGGGGGCCCCGGAGACCCCCAUUUCCAGCCCUGUGACGUCACCAGCGAACGGGACAUCCAGGCACUGAUCGCGGUGACCCGGGAGCGUUACGGACGCAUCGACUGUCUGGUGAACAACGCCGGACGCCAUCCCCCCGAAGAGCAAAUCGACGACGUCACCUCCCAGCAUUUCCGGGAACUUCUCGAGGUCAACUUGGUCGGCUACUUCCUGACAGCAAAGUUCGCCCUGCCCUAUCUACGGGAGACCCGGGGCAACAUUAUCAACAUCUCCAGUCUCGUUGGCAUCAUCGGACAGAGGCAGGCUGUUCCCUACGUCGCCACCAAGGGCGCAGUGACGGCGAUGACGAAGGCCAUGGCGGUGGAUGAGAGCAGAUACGGGGUGCGAGUUAACAGUAUCUCUCCUGGGAACAUCUGGACCCCCAUGUGGGCGGAGACAGCCGGGCAGACGGCCAAUCCGGAGGCCACGAUCCAGGCUGGGAAGGAUGCCCAGCUGCUGGGCCGGAUGGGCACGCCGGAGGAGUGCGCCCUGGCAGUGAUGUACCUGGCUGCCGACGGCACCUUCUGCACCGGGAUCGACCUGCUGCUGAGUGGGGGGGCCGAGCUGGCCUAUGGCCCCAAGAGCUGGCUGGGCCCCAGCUAGGGGGCAGUGGGGGAGCCAGGACACCUGGGUUCUCUCCCUGGCGCUGGCUCGGAGUUUGCCAGGAGGGUCCGUACCUCCGAGUUAUUCGCAUUCAAAAUGCUUCACGGAGCUGAGCGUAAACGCUGCUGGUCAUUUCCCACCCUCUGCACUCACUAGGCCCCACUCCCCCUCCCAAACCUGGGGAGAGAACCGAGGAGUCCUGCCCCCCCGCUCUAACCA